CCGUUCAGUUUCGUGGUAGCGUUCACGGAGGAUGUACGUGUAUUUGUAAUCGUAAGCGAGCGAAGAUCGAAACGUUCGAUUUUUGAAAUUUCAGUUACGCGUGUGUUUUGUUUCUAAAAUGUAAUUAAAAUUUAUAUAAGUGAUUGAAAUUAUUAUGUUAAUUAUGUGUUUUGUGAUAACGUGAUUUGGAUUUUGGAAUAAAUAUUAUACUUAAUUUAUUUAAACGGUCCUCACACAAACUAACCCGUCCAUGUGUAUGAACAAUGUGAGUUACACGUGUGCGAAAAUGUGAACAUAACCAAAAAUGUUGAGGUUUCGUGUUGCGUGCUGCGUGAUGUUCGCAGUGUUACAGCGGUGCGCUGAGAGUCAGCAGGAUGUGAUCAUCGAGGAGUCUGCAUCAAUAGAAGCGGUCCACGCGGCACUAGGGCGGGCGGCGGAACUGCCCUGCGACGUGACGCCCGCCCUGCCGCAUGAUAGCGUGGCCCUUGUGAUAUGGUACAAGCAGGGGCAUAAUACGCCGGUGUAUACUUUGGACACAAGAGACGGCAUUGACACACACUGGUCGGAUCCUGCUACCUUGGGCUCGAGAGCAUCGUUCCGGACAACCACAACACCAGCAAUAUUGAUAUUAACUAAAAUAAGGCCUGAAGAUAGUGGACAAUACAGAUGCAGGGUAGACUUCAUAAAAUCACCAACCAAGAACACCAGGCUUAACUUGACUGUGUUAAUACCUCCGGAACGGCUAGUCAUACUAGAUCAAGAUGGGGAGGAAUUCCGUGGCGGGGCCAUGGGACCGUUCGAUGAAGGGACGAGAGUAAAUUUAACUUGUGUCGCUAUUGGUGGUCGUCCAGCAGCAAGAGUUUCCUGGUGGCAAUCACAUGCAUUACUCGCUAACUCGGAAUCGAGAGCAUCCGUCUCUUUCACACUACAGCGUGAUUUGUAUCCUGCUACUCUUACGUGCCAGGCUGUCACGGAUCCGUCGAUAGCUCCGCUUUCAGAGAACAUCACUAUUGAUAUGAAUUUGUACCCCCUCUGGGUACGCAUAGUGGGCGGCGCUCGACCACUGGUAGCGGGGCGUGCAGUCGAACUUAUCUGCCAAGCGGUUGGUGCCAGACCACAUCCUACUAUUUCCUGGUGGAAAGGGGCUACGAGAUUGCAUACUAUACGGGAGAAGAUAUCCCCCGACGGCAACGUAACAAGCAGCAUACUUACAAUAGUGCCAACAGUUGAAGAUGCGGGGCGGGUCAUAUCUUGUAGAUCUGUUCAGCAAAAUCUGAAACACUCAGUCAGGGAGGACGGCUGGCAAAUGGAUAUACAACAUGUGCCAAUACCAAAGCUAAAACUCGGUGCCAACUUAGACGCAGAUAAUAUAAUGGAAGGAUCUGAUGUGUAUUUGGAGUGCAGUGUGCGAGCGAACCCGCCGCACGAUCAUGUAUAUUUCACUUAUAAUGGUGUAACAGUAAAGGGUAGCGGGGGUGUGCUAGUCUCGCGGCAGAGUCUAGUUUUGCAGCGAGUUAGCAGACAGCGUGCGGGCGCGUAUGUCUGUGUGGCCAGAAAUGCGCUGGGCGAAGGGACUAGCGAACCGCUGCAUUUGGAUGUUAAAUUCAGUCCAGUAUGUUCGCGAAAAGACGGUACUGCUUUACGAGCGGCUCGCGGCGAAACUGUCACUAUACAGUGUGAUGUGGAUGCUAAUCCUAUGCCUUCAUCAUUUCGCUGGUGGUUCAACAGUUCUACGUAUACGGAAAGAGAAUUAACAAGUAAUAGUGGAAAUGCAUACCACUACAAAGUGAAUACGUCAUCAGAAUACGGCUGGGUACAAUGUACCGGUACCAACUCAGUGGGUCGGCAGACUGAGCCCUGUCUGUUCCACAUACUGCCCGCCGACAGGCCAUCUGCAGUCCAGAGCUGUGACAUAAGCAACGUGACGCACGACUGUUUUAUGGCGUCGUGUACGCCUGGCUAUGAUGGCGGAUUGCCUCAGGAGUUUUUGAUGCAGGUUUUCGUGGUGGAAAACGGCGCGUUAAUAACAAACAGAACAGGCUUGGCAGCGCAAUGGCGGGUCUGCAAUGUGUCUGGAGCCGUGUCUGUGCGCGUUUCUGUGUACGCGUUCAACCGGGUUGGGUCUAGCGAACCCCAUACAGUCACCGUGGGGUUAUUGGAACAUCCACAACGACAUACUGGUGUAUCAUCAGUAAGUGUACAGCUAUCUGCUGUAUUAGUAUCUGUUCUGUGUGCAGUCAGCGUGCUUGUGUGUGUGGGGACAUUAGCCACAUUCGUACUGUGCUAUCGACAUUGUCAGCCAAGACGAGGUGACAAAACAGAAAAAACAAAAAGCCGCGACGAAUCCACGAAAGACCUUCUCGAAGACAAAAGUGACACAAAAGAGGAGAAACAUUCAGAGACUAAUCCCGAUAUAAUACCAGUAGAAAAUAAAAUGAACGCCAGUAUUUCUGGCAGUGUGACCGAACAAAUGACAACACAGCCAUUAUUAACGCAUUGCUGUGAAAGAAAUCAGUUCUGCGAUCAGUAUUUAGUUCGUCCAAUGCAAUACCACGUACAUCCGUAUAUAGAAAACAAGCAGAGUGUCAGUUUGGAACCUUUGGACUUGAAUUAUCUGCCAACCGAGUAUAGACUGCCUCACGAUAAGGUGUAUGAAGAUUGGCUGAGGUAUAAGAACGCUUUGCCUAUGGAUACUAGUAAUUUGCUCCCACCCCAACAACUGGCACAACCGAACACAAUCUACAGCAGCAUCAAACGGAAUCCGCUAAAACUGGUCAAAAUGCCAGAACUGGACUGUCAUGUGCCAUACCCAAGGAACUAUUCGCCGUCGUUACAUCUCAACCCGGACAACAAUACCGCCCGGUUCACACAGGGUAUGGAUGUGGGGAGUAUGACAGAAGAUCCAAACAAAACCGAAGCUCCAUCCAACACUCCCACACAACGAUGAAACGUGUGUACUUAUGUGCGUGUGCGUGUGUGUGUAUAAACACUAAUGUGUGAUUCGUGUUACCCAGAGUUUAUGAUUAUCACUACACCGUGCUAGGACCGGACCAUGCAAGGACCGGGCCGUGCUGGGACAGGGAAACAAAAAAAUUAAACAAUAUCCAUGUCGCAGUCAUUUAGUUGAAUCUGCUAUUUGAUUGAAUGUCUAGCGCGUUCAUUGAAUGACAGAUUUACUUUUUCCAAACGUCCACAA